AUUCCCCAUUGAUUUUUUCAACACGCGAGGUGGGAGGUUAAAGGAAAUGAGUGCUCCUGAUGCCAAAAAGAUUGCCGAGGCUGAGGCUUUACUGGGACAGGUAGAUAGUGCCGCCGAUGAGUAUGCCAAGGCUGGUAUGUAUUUCAAGGCUGCAACUGCAUACCGCAAUGCCAAAAGUUUGGAUAAGAGCAAGGAUUGUUUUUUGAAGGCCAUCGACUGUUACAUGAACAACAAGUCAUGGUUCCAUGCGGCCAAGUCCUGCGAGCAGAUAGUCCUGCUGGCCAAAGAAACCGAAACACUAACCGAAGUUGAGGAAUACGCCAACAAGGCUUGCAAUCUCUAUCAGCAACAUGGUUCCCCAGAAGCAGCAGCUGCCUCCAUGGAUAAGGCUGCCAAGAUGACGGAAUUCAAACAUCCCGAAUUGGCACUAGAGUUCUAUAAACGGGCCCUGGCCGUCGUCUUGAUUGGUGAUUCCACCCACCAGGCAGCCGAAUUCGCCUCGAAGGUCUCCAGAAUAUUGGUCAAACUUAAAAAGUUCGAAGAGGCCAGUAAAGCGUUAAAAAAGGAGAUAAGCCUGAAUCUACAAACUAAAUCCUAUGGACAAGUUGGACGUUUAGUCGUUGCUUUGGUACUGGUGCAACUAGCACUCGAUGAUUUUGUCGAUGCCAAAAAGACCUUCAAGAAAUGGGGAAACCGUUGUGAUCCCCAAGAGGUCAAAACACUGGAAACACUACUACAAGCUUUUGAUGAGGAGGACCCAGAACUAGCUGCCAAAAUGCUAGCAUCUCCAUUUAUCAGACAUAUGGAUGUGGAGUACGCACUUUUAUCGAAAAACAUUCCAUUACCAUCAGGUGUUCAACUGGAGAAAGAUGGCGUCUCUAGUGCCGGAUCCUUAAAAUAGUUGUGAAUUAUCCUUAUGACCCUUACGGUCCUUAAAUGAAAAAGCUUUAAACAUGUAGGAACACUGUUAACUAUAUACAUAAAUAUAAAGUGUUAAUAAAGAAAAUACAUCAGGGAAAUUUCAUCGUGCCUUUUAGAAAUUAAUAUAUUUAACCAUUUUUAUACAAACUAUUUGUUAUCCUAGAAACCAUACAUUUUUUUAUACUUAAAUCUUUACACUAUUUUUUGUGAAUUUUACACUACUUUUCAACAAAUACCCAAAAUUAUAGUGCUUUUUUAUCUAACACAUUAGGUGCAAUACGAUGUCCGCUUAAAAGUAGGCAACGU